UUAAAAGUUUAGCAGAAGAACAAGGAUUGGAUCAACGUUUAUUUUCACAAGGAUUCCUUAGUUUUAGGAGAUUUUGUUUGGAAUCUGAUGCCCUACCAGUAGAAUUCCAUAUUGUGAUGAGUGAUAUACUGACAAAUGCUGGUCAUGUUUCUGAUAUAUUUCCAUAUUUUCUUAAACAUGCUAAACAAAUGUUUCCUCAUAUAGAAUGCAUGGAUGAUCUCAAGAAAAUAAGUGAUCUUACAGAUCCAUUAAAUUGGUAUUCAGAGGCAAGAGCACAUACCAGAAAAAUCAUAUAUCAUGCUGGUCCAACUAAUAGUGGCAAAACUUAUCAGGCACUUCAAAGAUUUAUAAAUGCAAAAUCAGGAAUAUAUUGUGGCCCCUUGAAAAUGCUUGCAAAUGAAGUCUACAAUAAAACCAAUGAAAAUAAUACAAACUGUGAUUUAGUUACAGGGGAGGAGAGGAAGCUAGCCAGAUCUGAUGGAAUUCCUAGUAAUCAUGUAUCCUGCACCGUAGAAAUGACCAAAUUAUCUCCAGAAACUAGUAUUUCCCAAGAUGAUGAUUAUAUAAAAGAUAAUCUUAUUAAAACCAACGAAAAAGGUUUAUUGAGUGAGUCGACCAAAGGAAAUCAUUACGAAGUAGCAAUAAUCGAUGAGAUACAGAUGAUAAAAGACCCGGUUAGAGGAUGGGCCUGGUCUAGGGCCUUAUUAGGUCUAGUAGCCGACGAAAUACAUUUGUGCGGGGAAAGCUCGGCAAUACAAAUAGUCAAGGAUAUAUUGAACCCUAUCGGGGAAAACGUAGAGAUCAGAAAAUACAAGAGAUUGACACCUCUCACGAUAUUGGACAAACCUUUAGGAUCUUUCGACAACGUAAAGGAUGGUGAUUGCAUAGUUUGCUUUAGCAAAAACGACAUUUACAUGAUAAGCCAGAAAAUAGAGGCCAGAGGAAAGUCCUGCGCUGUUAUAUACGGUGGCCUCCCUCCAGGGACCAAACUUGAACAAGCCAAACGUUUCAACGAUCCAGACGAUCCCUGUAAAAUAAUGGUUGCAACCGAUGCCAUAGGAAUGGGCAUUAAUCUAAACAUCAAACGCAUCAUAUUUUAUUCCCUCCUCAAACCUUCCUUGAAUGAAACGACGGGCGAAAGAGAAAUGGAACGUUUGUCCGUUAGUCAAGCUUUGCAGAUAUCCGGCAGAGCGGGCCGAUUCGGUAUGUCACAAAACUCGGAAGAUAACGAAAUUGGCGGGCAAGUCACUACUUUCGGAUCUCAAGAUUUAUUCACCCUGAAGUCUCUGCUCAGAAAUGGGGAAGCUUCUAUUGAACCUAUCGAGGUGGCCGGACUACAUCCCACUGCCGAGCAGAUAGAACUAUUUUCUUACCACCUCCCUAAAGCCAGCCUCUCCAACUUGCUAGAUAUAUUUACCGCCAUUUGCACCGUCGACAAUUCCAAAUAUUUUAUGUGCAACCUGGAAGAUUUCAAAUUUCUAGCUGACGCGGCCCAGCAUAUACCUUUGCCGCUCAAAGUUAGAUAUGUGUUCUGUUGUGCACCCAUAAGCAAGAAACAGACAUUCGUUUGUGCUAUGUUUAUAAAGUUUGCCCGUCAAUUCAGCCGUGGCCAGCCCCUGACUUUCGAAUGGUUAUGCCAUCAACUGAACGAUUGGCCCUUCUCACCGCCUUUAACCAUAACCGAUUUGGUUCAUUUGGAAGGUGUUUUUGACGUUUUGGAUAUGUACCUCUGGCUCAGUUACAGAUUUGUUGACAUGUUUCCGGACGUUGCGAUGAUACGGGAUAUGCAAUUAGAAUUAGACGCUAUCAUAAAAAUAGGCGUCACAAAUCUAACUAAGUUACUCUGCAACUCUAACGGACCUAGCAAUGUCUUGAGUUAUGAUCCCGAUAUACCCACUCAAUACAAAACCUCCAAAAGCCAAAGAUCUCUCACCAAUAACUCGAAUUAUUCCAAUGAUUCAGAGGCUAUUAAUGAUAAAGCAAGGACUCUUGACGAUAAUAUCGCGUAUGAGAGCGACGCUAAUUCUCCCGUCACUACGACUCGAAAAUUUGUCAAAGGUUUUCAUAAAAAGAGAGAGACGAAUGGGUUAGAAACUAAAUUAUCUAACCACGAAACAAAUGAUAUGAGUAGUCCUACUAAAAAGCGAUACGGUAAUAAAGGUAAUAAUCAAACGAUUAAUUAUGGCCCUCGGUCAAGAUUGACGGACCAAUUGUUGGAAAGGGGUCUAUUGACGCCUAAAAUGCUGAGGGAACUGAAGAACGAAUGGCAAAGGAGUAAAAAAAAUGAGGAUACUAUUUCUGCCAACGAUAAAAAUCUCAACAGAGACGUGCAAUAUAUAACUUAUUCUUCCAAAAGGGAUAGCAGGUCCGAAAUGAACGAAACUAAUUCAAACAGAAGAGAAGACCCCCAAAAUAGAGAAAAUAAUGAACAAGACGAUAAAAACAAAGACAAUUUAUACAACACAUAAUCCUUAUUAAAAUAGAUUACGAAUCAUGGCAUCGCAAUAUCAUUCAAUAAAUCGUGGUUGUUAUAAAGAUGUAUAU